GUCUGUCACCCUCAUCAUGUCCUCCCUGGUAGUAACUCUCAUUGCUCUCCUGGGUGUGAUACAAUCUGCUCUGAAAGUCUCAGGAACUGAAGAAUAUCUAACGGUCAAGCCAGGGAAUUAUAUUACUCUCUACUGUGACUGUAUUUUGACCUCUGGAUCAUUAAUGAACUGGCAUAGAAACUGCUCACAUUAUAGGCAGCCCUCAUUUGUGAUCUCAACCGAAUACCUAAUAAGGGAGAAUGAUAAUCCAUUAAACAAGUACCAAUUCAAAUGGAACUCCACUAGCCAGUCCCAUGAUCUACUGAUCAAGAACAUCACUGAGUCUGAGCUGGGGGUGUACUACUGUUCUGUUGCUAUACCAAAAGUGAUUGACACAACUGUAAUUCAUCAGACAUUCUCUCAAUGCUAUGGAAACAUCACCUACAAGUUGUCACUUGACGAUGCUGCUUCUUCUCCUGCACCUAUCUGUCCUGCUCCCCCUGAUGAUGAUGAUGGUGGUCAGUGCUGGUCACUGCUGGUCAUCUUGUGUCCCGUGUGUGCUCUAUUCUCUGCACUCAUCUCCUCCACCUGUGUGUACUGCCUCUGCCACGGUAAGACAGCACCAGUGGAACCUGGAGAACGCUCGAAGAGUAGAGAGAGUCGGACAGAAAAACGGGAUGAAGACAAAGAGUUGUGUUAUGCCUCAUUGGAUAUGCAAGCCAGAGCACACAAAGCAAAACCCAAAAGAACAAGAAAUCAAACCCAAAACUCUGACUUCAGCACCUAUUCUGAGAUCCGUCACUAUAGUCUGAAUGGGGCUCAAGGCUGUACCUGAAGCAUAUGAGGAGACUAUCUCCUCCAGCGUGAUCCAAGUGGAGGAGGAGAUGGCGAAGGACAGGAUGCCUCCCACACCUUACACAAUAUGCGACCAAAGCUAAAGAGCAAGUGUAGCGACAAACUUCACCAACCCUGAUGUGCUAAAGAAGAAUGUAGGAGCCAUUUUCUGCCAAGGCCUAUCUACAGUAUCUAUCUACAUGUAUCUAUCUAUCUAUAUAUCUAUCUAUUUUGCACAUCAUACUAUAA